AUGGAGCCCCACAGGAGCCCCACAGAAGCGGCGUUCCUCCGGCCACACAGACACUGGGGUCAGGACGGUCCGUCUGCAGUGAGAGCUCCAUGUAUUUACCCCAAAUGUUUUGGAACAUUCUCCGUCAAAUACAUUUCUUUACAGCAGCUGUCCGUGCUGCUCAUCCUGACCUUCUCUUACUGCACAAGGCGCGGCCUGUCCCUCCCCAGCUCCACAGACUCUGUCAAGAUGACCAAUGACGUCGCCCACUCCAGCCUGAUUCAUGGCUGCAACCUCCAGAUCACAUCUGAAGGAAGAGUCCUGGCAAAACGACCAAACGCACCCUUUGCAGCCCAUUAUAGUCUAUUUAUCUAG